UCCUUCCGGGUCAGUGACGGAGGCGUCUACUCCUAGAGGUAGUUUCUGGCGUCUUGGUCUUAUCUGCAUCUUCGUUGUCCCAGCGCAUGGUGAUUGUGAUUUUGGCGAUGAGCUCCCAGAAAGGGAACGUGGCCCGUUCCAGGCCUCAGAGGCAUCAGAAUACGUUUAGCUUCAAAAAUGACAAGUUUGAUAAGACUGUUCAAACCAAGAAAAUUAAUGAAAAACUUCAUGAUGGAGUAUGUCAGCGCUGUAAAGAAGUUCUUGAAUGGCGUGUAAAAUACAGCAAAUACAAACCAUUGUCAAAGCCUAAAAAAUGUGUUAAAUGUUUACAAAAGACAGUGAAGGAUUCUUAUCGCAUAAUGUGUAGACCAUGUGCCUGUGAACUUGAAGUUUGUGCAAAAUGUGGGAAAAAAGAAGACAUUGUUAUUCCGUUUAAUAAAGAACCAGAAAAGACAGAAGACAUUGAAAAUAACCCACAUUCCAGCCAUAGAAGAAGCUGCAGAAGAAAUGAAGAAAGUGCUGAUUUAGAUUUUGAUAUUGAUUUAGAUGACUCAGAAGAAGAUGACAGUCAAAUAAAUUAAUAUAUUAAAAAUGUGAAAACAUGAAAUUCUGAACAUUUUGACUUUGAGGAUUUUACCAAAAAAUACCGUGAAAUCCUAAUGAAGAAUUUGGAAUAACCUAUAGAAAUGGCCAUAUUUGUACAUGGACAGUAUAAAUUAUAUAUGAUAUGAAUAAUUAUAAAACUUUAAUUCAGAGUUAAAUUCUUAACAAUAAAUUUUUAAGUAACAUAUGCCAAAGUGAGAAUUGGGAUAUCAAAUUCAGUUCAUGGGGAUUAUUUAGAAAAAUAUACUACCUAAUAUCAGAGUAAACAAGAUUCAGAGUUGAUGGUUAUAUAAGAACUGUUUCAUGGAAAAAUCAUGACAUUAUUACUGCUAGCUUCAAAAAUUGGUCCUCAGUAUGUACUUUUUAAUAAAUUGAUAUCAAGUAAAUGACCCACAUAAA